AUGGCAACUGGUGGAUCGUAUAUUUCGUGCGAUUUCGAGAUUUUUGGUACUGUUCAAGGCGUCUUCUUUCGUAAAUACACUCAACAGCAAGCAACAAAGUUGAAUCUCGUCGGCUGGGUGAAAAAUGCUGCCAGUGGAACUGUUCAAGGACAUAUGGAAGGUCGAAAGGAAAAUGUAGACCAAAUGAAAGCUUGGCUUCGAACAACAGGAAGUCCAAAAUCUAAGAUAACGAAGGCGGACUUUUCUAAUGAAAAGACUAUCUCUGAAUUAUCAGCCAAAUCAUUCAAUGUUAAUAAAUAA